AUGUCCAAACGGCUUUCAUCCUACACUGUGGGGCAGCGACCUCGACGGCAGUAUAUUAACAAGGUGACUGAGUUUUUUUUUCGUGAAUUAGACAGGGGAAUAGGCUCGCCGUAUGUCGUACUGUCAACAGGGGUGUUGCUCGCUCUGGUGGGAUGGAAGGUGAUGGUGUAUUACGUGGAGCCUAACCGGAAGAUAGAUGCGGUAUGGCGGCGACCGCAAUCACGCGUGCCGAUGAGUGAUUCACACAACGUUUUCUGGGGCUUUAACAUUGGCAGUGACGGAUGGAGGGGCCUCCCGACGGGCCGCCAUCUCGCAGAGACAAUGACGGAGAGUGCCGAAGGGGCGCUGCGACGGCCCAGGCUUGUAUACAGCGAGGAUAGCGAGGUGCUCGGCCCCCGUGGGGAGAGUCUCAGCGUGGCGUGUAUGGAGCUGCCGGAGUAUGACACGCGGAUUGGGAAUGAUGUUGUGUACCGCAGCGUGCAUUACGUUCACGGCGCCACACGCGAGAAGGUCAUGACCCCCACGAACGUUGAAACAGGAGAAGUCGCGGCAGCGGAUUUAUCAGCCCAGGCAAAAAAUGGGGAAGUGAGAGCUGCGGGAGGUCAACCUGUUCCAGCCCCGGCAAAGGCACCUUUGGAGGAAAAGGCGACGGAGGAGGAUAAUUCAUUGUAUUUUUCCCGCAUGCCGACACGUGGGUUGUCUACGAUCCAUGGCAUGACAAAAUGCAGAGCGAUUACGUCAUUAAAUAACUGCGUGCCUUAUGCUGGGCAUAUUGAGAGCGAGUAUGCACGAAAGAUGAUGUUGACGCUUGGGCCUGUUCAUAUUUUGCGGGACAUUGCAAAGACCACCUUUCCCUUGCGUUUCACGACUGCGAAGGAGGCCCCUGUGUCAGCGCUUGUGUGUGGUUUGCAUAGCGGUGAGAUCCCACGGUGGUUGAGUACGGCCUUUCCAAAUUUUCAAGUGGAUGUCGUCGAACGUGACGGCACCCUUGCACGCAUUUGCCGUCGUUUCCUGGGCUUUCAGGAGUCCAAUAAUCUUCACUUGUAUCUUGCGGAACCCGUUGAAUUUCUCCGCCGCACUGCCGUGCCUAAAAUCGGUCGGCGCUAUGAUCUUAUCAUGUUGGAUCUCAUGGAUGGGGCGGGACGGUUGAACACACAGUACGGCCGUCUGGAGUUCAUUAACAGCGUGCGUAAUAGUUUGAGUGGCUCCGGCUGCGUCGUUGUGUCGCUUCCAAACCGGGAUGGGGCGUUUUUGUACAACAUCGUUCAGAACUGGCGAUUGGCCUUUGCGGGCCGCACGGUGAUUCUCGUGCACUGCGUCACGUCGCCGCAGACAUUACUUAUGACAUUUCAGGACGACGCGACACGUGGAAAGGCAAACUUUGGGACGGUUGCAAAUGUCGACGAGUUCAAGGACCUGCUGCGCACCUCCCUUGCACACUACGGCUCGUGGCGCGUGCCGUUCGAUCUCACCGGCGAGGUGUCGGAAGGGACAUUUCGCGUGCUACGCCCCGGCACGGUGUACUCCGUCGUGGCGUAUCUGCCAGCCGGUCACCCGCAGCUAAAAGACAUGGCGGCUGCGGAAACUGCUGCGGGGCGUGGCGGUUGGGGGGCGUGGCUGCGGCGGUGGACGGCCACGUGGCUCACGCCCUCACAACGUGCGGAUCUUCGGGCCAUGAGCAAAUAA